GUACAGCGGGGAGAUUAGUUAUGUAAGAUCAUUUAUAGAUAUAGUCGUAUAGCAAAAAAAUUGGGACGGUCUAUUAGUGAAGUCUGUGAGAUUUGGGCUGUGAUUGUUCAGAAUAUAUUCAAUCAAAUCUGGCAACCAUGGAGAAGACCCAGAAUGAACUUUGACUAAAUGAAAAAAACGCCAGUCAUAUGACAGUGCGUAACCUGCUUCCUGUAGGCUUGCAGACUGACUUUUUGUACUUACUUUGGCUUGUCCGAACGGACCAGCUGCUUGGAUCAAGAAAGAGCAGUAGUUUGCGAGAGCUCAACAAAAACCUUACUAGUUUCUUACAAAUUUUAUGUUUGGUUCCUAUCCUUAAAAUGUUGGCGCUGAUUAACAGGCUGUUGGAUUGGUUUAGGUCUCUCUUCUGGAAAGAAGAGAUGGAGCUCACAUUAGUUGGACUUCAGUACUCAGGGAAAACCACGUUCGUCAACGUAAUAGCAUCUGGUCAAUUCAGUGAAGAUAUGAUUCCCACUGUCGGUUUCAACAUGCGGAAGGUUACCAAAGGCAACGUGACAAUUAAGAUCUGGGACAUUGGUGGACAGCCUCGCUUCAGGAGCAUGUGGGAGAGGUACUGUCGAGGAGUCAACGCCAUUGUUUACAUGGUGGAUGCAGCAGACCGUGAAAAGGUAGAAGCCUCCAGGAAUGAGCUUCACAAUCUGUUAGACAAGCCUCAGUUACAAGGCAUCCCUGUCCUGGUGCUUGGCAACAAGAGAGACCUUCAAUGUGCGCUUGACGAGAAGCAACUUAUUGAAAAGUUGAAUUUGUCGGCCAUACAGGACAGAGAAAUCUGCUGUUACUCCGUUUCCUGCAAAGAGAAGGACAACAUAGAUAUCACUCUGCAGUGGUUAAUAGAGCACCGUAAGUCCCGGAGGAGCUGAGAGUGAAGCCCCUGUCCCAGCCUUCGCUGCUUGUGUGUGAGUCCUCCUUGCUGCAUCUCUGAAGUGGUUCUCUACUGCCCUGUGUACUCUGCUCUCAGCCCACUACCACCUUCUGCACCCUCAUCACUGUUUUAGGACGUCUUUAGUUCAGCCACCGCAACACCACCACCACUUUUGUCACAAUUCUGGGAUGGAUGGGAGGACGGACAACAGGCCCUACUAGUUAAUCAUGCCUGUCAUUUCUGUGGUGUCGUUUUACUAUACCUGUUUGUUUCCACGCUUUGGGUUUGACACUAAAAAACAGGGAUCAUGGAAUCUCAUGACCUCCCAGCCCAUUGGUCUCUCUUCACAUUGACCUGUAUGUAGGUGGGGGAACACAAACUGUUUAUACAAGAACUAGUCCACUUUGUUCUCCUGGUUUGGUGUAAAUUAAAUUGUUUUGAAGGAAUUUUGCCAAAACCAGUUGCUUGAAUGUCUUUAUAUCCUGAAAUACUGUGAUCGCCGUAAUGUAAGUUGAUAGUUUUACCGGUCAAUGAAAAUAUCUGAUAAUAAUGUGUAAUUGUUAUUUAACUAAAACGGUACAGAAUAUUGUUUGAGAGCUCAGUCCUCAGAGAGCUCUUCAGAGUUUUGAAGUGCCUUCUGCAUAAUCUCUGAUUUGUGAAAUUUGAAAGCUUUCCAUUCAAGAUGAUUAUCACAUGGACAUGUACUAAACAUAAAAGAUUGUUUUACUUCACUCUAAGUAAAUGUGGCUUAGGGUGUAGGAUAAGUAGAAACACAGUAGCCCUCAACAUUUCUAUAGCAGAUAGAACUGGGAACAUGUGCAUACACUGACCAUACAUACCAUUUUGCUGAUAUUAUUGCUUUUCUGCAAAAGAGAAAUGGGAGGUUUUAAUUGAAAUAGGUCUUCUGAUAUAGGUGACGGUUAUUGGGACAAGUGACAGCUACAAAUAUGAAACAAGUAGAAAUAUACUGUAAAUGGUAAUAAAACAACAGUGGCUCAACACUCAUUAUUCUAAGCACUGCUAUUACAUUCAUUCAGACAAUUGAUCUCAGUAUAGAUGUUUGUCCUUAUUAACCAUUGCUAGUCUGAGUAGACAAAUAUGAUGCUCUGUGCUUUUUAAGUUACGGGUUAAUCUUGAAUACCAAGGAUGGAGUGUCACUUAACUCAGGAGGUGAUGGCAGAUAUUGGUGUUCCACAAUGACAGUGUACGUGUCCCUCAUCUGAUGGCUCAGACUGUAUUCUGUACAUGGAUACCUUGCUGUCUUUAAGCUUGAACAAUGAUGUCAUUUGUGAUGCCCUUCUGAUCAACGGAAAAGGCUGCCAUCAGUUUCAAAUGUAUUAUUUAUUUUUCAGUUCAAUUCCAAGUAGAAACUGACCUCUAAAAAUGUUCUCCAAUCAAUCUUGUGAAGAGCUUCAUCUGUUUGCUGUGCCCACAAUUUAAUGUAAUAAUAUAGAUUGAAAGACUUUGCCCCCUUCCAUGUGAAUUUGAAUCUGUGUGCAAAACUGAUUCAACUGCAGAAUUUGUAAAUAAAGAAGA